AUGAUCGGUGACAAUGAUCGCGACGCUGUUUCAUGUGAUGUUUUCACGCACCUUGACGCUCGGAACGUCCCGCGGCUCCAGCCCGACCAGCGCGCAGCAGCUGUAGCAGUAGAACAUGCGCGACGCGCCGCACCGCGAGCAUUUCAUCCGGCCGGCGCGCUGCGCCUCAUCCAGCGGCGCGUGCGACGCGAGCAGCAGGCCGCUCAGAGCGCUGCUCUCCUGAUCCGACAUGACCACCGAACAGAACCCGAACCCUCCACACACAACACAACAAAACACUACAACAAACCCACGUGUGCGGGACGCACCGGAAACACUACCGCGCCGGAGGAAGCAGGAAGAGCGGCGGGCGGUGUCCUAGCAACAGACGCGACGCAGAUGUUUGAGAUGGAGAAACAGACGCAACGCGCCGCGGAGAACAACAUCAUUUGCUCACUGGACGAAUUUAUUCAAUCUCAAGGACUGGUGGAUUGGCCGGUGACGUGUGAGGACGAUCUGGACGAGUCUUCCUCUCGUCUCUACCAGCGCUCUGAAGAAAUCUACGAAGAUCUCAAAGCCAGAGUCCCGUUUCCCAGCGGCGCUGCUGAAUCCCUGAAGAAACACCUGCAGACGCUUGAGACGAGAGUGAAGCUCCAGAACCAAAUCUUUACCCAGACGUCUGAUUAAUGCAUCGCUCUGUGCUCAUCAUAAACCUUUAAUGCUUUUACUUUAUUGAUAUUAGUGUCUCUCUGUCCAUCAGUUCUGGAUGUUUUGAUCAUUGAAAGGAAAGUGCAGUAGAACGGCAGCUGGAUGGGUGAUUCCUCUGUUAGAUCAGGUACGACGAAGUUAAAUUAUCCUGAGCUCAGCAUCACAAAUCAGAAAGAGCAGAUUAUAUAACUGUCCACAAAUGAUUGUUAGUUUCACAUGAUGCGAGUUACACUGCUGAGCGCAGUGUUUGUGAUUACAUGAUGGGCAUUAGAGUUAAGUGUUAUCUAGAGAUGAGCUCAGUCACCAAUAGGUGAUAAUGAUUUAAACACACAGACCUUCACAUGUGCAGAAAUGCAGCAGCUCCCUCUUGAGGAGAACACACCUCUGACCUGCUCAUUUCACUCGUUUUAAUUUUCUGGGUUACAUUUUAAUGGGUUAAUUAGCAUGUCUAAUCCAAAUAACAUUUGAACUGAAUCAAUCUUUUAAAAUGCAAUCAAGUGAAAAUAUAACAAUUCCUUUAUA